AUGGCCUACUCGUCCACCUACAAGCCCCGUCCGUUCACCGACGUCUUCACAGGCGACACCGACAUCAACCGUCGCAAGACUGGGCGCACCGUGCCCAUGAAGGUCCUAAUCCUUGGCCUCGGCCGCACUGGCACCGCCUCCAUGCGCGCCGCCAUGAAGCAGCUCGGCUACGUCGACACCUACCACAUGAUGAACUGCUCCAUCGAGAACCCGCCCGACGCCCUCAUGUGGAUGGACGCCCUGUGCGCCAAGUACGACGGCCAGGGCGCCAAGUUUACGCGUGACGACUGGGACCAGCUGCUGGGAAACGCGCAGGCCGUGUGCGACUGGCCGGCCAUUGCGUUCGCGCGCGAGCUCAUCGAGGCGUAUCCCGAGGCGAAAGUGGUGCUCACGAACCGCGAUGUCGACUCGUGGCACGCAUCCACCAUGAAGACGGUCUACUGGCGAGUCACCGACCCGGAGCUGCGUUGGCUCUCGCGCUUCGACUGGGCCGCCGGCAUGUACUACCCGAUGCUAAAGAAGUUCUUUGAUACGUUCUUCGAGGGCGAUUUUCCGGCUCGAGGCAAGGACGUGUUCCGUCGACACUAUGCAGAAGUGCGCAGCCUGGUACCAAAGGAGCGCCUCCUCGAGUACCGCGUCACGGACGGAUGGGAGCCUCUGUGCGAGUUCCUCGGCGAGCCAGUGCCGAAGGGAUGCUCGUUUCCAAAUGUCAACGACAAUUCGGACUUUGUGACGCGCUCCCGCCGCAGGAACAGAAACCAGAUGUACAAUGUAGCGCUACGGUAUCUGUUGUGGACGGUGGUUGUGCUGCUCCUGUUUGUCGCCCUGCGGCGGAUGCUGGCCAUGUGGCAGCUCAUCUAG